AUGCGCUCUCUCGCCACCCUUGUCAUCUGGGCGACUCUGCUGGCUGGCUUUGCCUCUGCCGCUCCCGCCGCCUACAACACGUUGGCUGCAGCUCUCGCUGUGACCGGGUAUGAUACCACUUCGGCUGUAGCUCCCCUUGCCACCACCGCUUCCUUCUCGAAGCACAACAUCAUCCUCGUCUCGACGGUGCUCUCCUGCGGCUCGGCCACUUCGUCCGUCGCUGCGGUCACGUCUAUUCCCGGUGCCAUCGAGACCCCGGCCUCGUGGACCCCCACUGUCAACGACCAGAAGGCCUGCGACGAAGCCUCCUUCGCCGACGAGUCCGUCGACAACCCCGUUACGCCUGCCGACUGGAACGCUUGCGCUUCCCUGUACAGCACCUGGGCCUCGUACAACGGCACUUUCACUAUCGGCCGCAAGAACGCCACUAGCGGCGGUGACGAUGAUGGCACCAGCUACGACUACCCUGCCAAGCGCGCCUACGAUGCGCCCGGCAACAACCUCGACUACAUCCCCAUCUUGCAGGCCGACUCGUGCACCUUCGCCGUCCAGCCAACCUCGCUGGACCAGCUGCUGGUCAUGGGCGAUGUCGACAUCAGUCUGAUCCUCAAGAAGGCGCUGAACGAGUACUCUUCGGGCUCUCUGAUCGGUGCCCGUGGCAGCGUCAACUGCGCGGUCCGCGGCAACGACAAGAGUGUCAAGGCUGCUCUGGGGUGGCAACUUUACUACCCCGGUGCUUAA